GUCGAGGUCGCACGCAAACCACUGGGAACGAUUCCGGAACCGGUGGCGUGGCUCGGGAACACCUUCCGGGAAGGCAUAUCUAGUGCGUUAGUGAGAUGUCUGUUAUUUUUAAAUUAAUUGGCAGCCUGGAAUAAUGCCAUUGUCAAGCGGCUUUGUCAGUGCCAUCGUUGAAACGAAACACAGCCAACUUUUGACAGCUCAUGGAGUGUGAGGCAGCAGCACGAGCUUUGUCAGACCACCCAAAGGAUUAACUGCAGCCAGCGUGGUUAUGAUGGCCAUUAUUCUGAAAGGAUACAGUGCGUGACGGAGAAACAUGGAACAAAGGAUUAUCAGCAGUGUUCUCGGAUUACUGAUUUUCGCACAACACAUUUCUGGCGAUGAUUUAGGACUUCUAUCCAGCACACUGCGCGCCUUUCGACAGAUGAGUUGUGAAAACGAGCUUAUGACUUUAUCCUGCCCGAUAGGGACCAGCAUAAGCGUGGAAGUGGUGCAAUAUGGAAGGAAAGAGGACGGCGCCAACUCCUCGCUGCAAUGUUCCUUCACGGCCUCUGGCGAGGGUCGGUAUCCUUUUGAGGCGACCACGCUGACCGCCGACAUGCCUUUUAUCCUGGGCAACAUGACAUUUUCACUAAUGGAGGUUGGUUUCAACGAUUCAGUCCUUCCAGACAGGACGAAAAGCAAGUGUACACAGAACUAUGUGCUACAGUAUUCCAUCCUGCAAAUCGUCGUCGAAGCCUGCCAGAAGAAGCGCAAAUGUACCGUCCGGGCCACGCCGAAGGCCUUCGACACUGCUCCAUGUCCCGGCAUCCACAAGCUGGUGGAAGUGAGCCACAAAUGCAGACCAUUCGAGUUCCGGAGUCUGAUUGCAUGCGAGAAGGACGUGAUACGGUUGGCAUGUGGCCGGUAUACCAGGAUUGCCAUCUACAGUGCCAGCUAUGGCCGGACGGCCUACGAGAGUUCCCACUGUACGCAACCGGGCGGGUCCAAGGAGGAAACUUGCCUGUCGGCCCACACGAGUCUCACGCUGACCGAGAUCUCAGGAAGACGCAAGUGCACGGUGGCCGUCGAGGGGUCCACCUUUGGUCAGCCCUGCCCGGACAAUGUUCGCGUUUCACUCAAAGUUGUUUACGCAUGUGUUGCGAGGAAUGUGUUUAGAGAUCGUUACAUCACCCCCCUGGAGGAUGAUGAAUUGGACCAGCAAUUUGAGCUCAACGAGCUGUACGAUGAUGAAUUCACUCCCGCUCCCAAUCAGGUGGACGAUUCCUCGCCCGGUGGCCAGAUGAGUCAUAAAUUCUCCGACGAGAUGGAAGCCACGGUCAAAGCCGAGAACAUUCUCACACAAAGCAAGGAAGCAACGACCUCGGCAACCGCUGGAUCCACGAUCGAUAGCCGGCUGCUCGUAAUCAUCGUCGUUAUAAUAUUCUUCAGCUGCUGUCUGUCGAUUGGGGCCCUGGUGGCUUACAAAAUGAGAUUACUGCCGUCGACGGCGGACAGCGCCUGUAUCAAGCAUUCGGAAUCGAGCGACCCCCAGUCCAACACCAACAGCAUCGUCCCGUCGAACGAGGACUUUGAUUUGGUAGAGUGCGUCGCGGAGACCAUUCCCGUGGCGGUUAAAAUGAAGCCGCCCAACUUUGAGCAUCCAUCAACGUCUGCCACCACGUUCCUGCCAACGUUUAAAGUUUUUAAUCAUCCGGAUGCCGUGCCCCAGAUAUCGACCACCAUGUUCAUCCUGCCAAACUACAUCGUGGGCGAUUUGCCCGGAAAUAGAAGCCAACAGCAGCAGUCGACGACGGCCAGCGAAAAUCUGAGCAUGACCAUAACGGAUGUGACGACAUCCGGUGCCGGUUCCGGUGCUGACCCGAUGGCGUCUUCCUGCAUUCAGUGCAACUUUUUGGGCUGGCAGGGACCGACCACAACCACAGUGACAUCUGGUGGCGUCGACCACAACCAAAAAUCAACUCUCCGUCGCAAUCAAUCAUACAAAAUGCCGGAAACUGAACGAAAAAUUUGUCAGCACGAUUCUUUUUUAUGGCUGGGCUUGAAACUCGGGGUGAUGUAAAUCUGUAGGGUAAAGUUGUCAAGAUCGAUUUGAACAUCAUUUAAUCAUCAAAGGUUUUAACCAAAUUUUUGUUUCGUUUGCUUCCGCGUUCGGGACGAAACACACCAACGACGUCCUGUGCGAGGAGCUAUUUCACCCUUCUCGAUUUCACUCUUUGAAAUCCUUCUUGGCAGCUUUACCCAUUCACGGAAAGCUCGCGACAAACCGGCAUUUUUUGCCUCUGCAUGUCGCCAGCGAAGACGACGCCGAAAGUCUCAAAAUCGAGGACCACACGUGGCAUAUGGAACACGUGGAUGAAGGCAAAACCGUGCGUCACCAUCACCACCGAAGAGAAAAUACACAUACAAACUCACGAACCACGCUCAAGUGAAACGAUAAGAGAAAGAAAAUAUCCAUUGAUGUAUCAAAUUCGCAAGAACAAAAAGACAAAAAAAAACAAGAAAAGCUCUAUCAUAUAGAGUAUCAAAAGCUCCACAUCCCAACAAGGUGUUUCACCAUGAAGGCUCUCAAGCUGAUGGUAUGCAGACGACCCGUGAAGGAAAUUGGAUCAUUUCAUUUCCCCCCUGGCCCUUCUCGUAUUAUUGAUCUAAUAAGAGAGUAACGAACACACACACAGACACGUUCUCGAGAUGAAUCGAGGGCACUUGGCUCACACUUGUCGAUGUAAGCGAUGUAUGUAUAUAAAUAAGUAAGGUUCAAAAAAAAAAGGAACAGAACACAACCCAUCUAAUUGUGAAAGAAAGUGGCAUCAAAGUAUGUAACAACGUUAAAGUGGUUAAAUAAAUUUUCUAAUUAAAAU